GAGGUUAUAAAAGAAUCUAUAAAAGUUGAGGUAUCUAUCCAUUGGUAUCCGUUAGUGCGCUCUUUUACAGCAGCCAUUUUAAGAUACAUUGUCAGAAGGCUUUCGAGCGGUGAUCAGAGGAAAUGUCCAAUAAUUCGCAAACAUGAAUACUAUGUCGGUGCGGUAAUUUGCAGAAAGAAAGACGGUAGCACAAUGGAAAUGGAAUAGAUCGGAACACGUGUUACUUUUAUCACAGUCGGAGGAAAAUCGUUAUAUCUUCAAACAUGACCAAUACGGCGAACUCUUUGAUAACCAUUCUGACGAUUGCGAGUCUUAUGACGUUAUGUCAGUGUCAGAGCAAAAGUGACGCAAUGCGGUUGCGCACGGAGCUUUUUAAUGAAACGGUAUAUGACCACAGGAUUCGGCCUACAAACAAUCAGUCUGCUGCCAUAGAGGUGGCUAUGGAGUUUCACCUUUAUGCCAUUAACGAGUUGAGCGAUAGCACCGAGACGCUCAAAACCACAGGCUUCCUGAUGGUGAGAUGGAACGAGGCCUUCCUACAGUGGGAUCCGGAUGACUUUGGAGGCAUCUCCCUUUACCAUUGGCCGCAGAAAGAGGUUUGGAAACCGGACAUUGCGCUAAAAAACUCGUAUCUUGAUUACAACACGCUUGGAGUGGAUGAUCUUAACAUUGAGAACUAUCAUGACGGUACAAUGGUUUGGUACCCAUUUCAGGUAAACAUUCUGAGCAGUACGGAAGGUAUCUAUGAGGCUCAUAUCGAGGAGAACUCCCCCUGGAAAGUUCUUGAAACAAGUUCGAGCGUCGCGGUCGAGGAAACCGUAGUCACAAAAACCUUUACGCUCACACUACAACGUAAACCUAUGUACUUUUCCCUGGCGGUUAUUCUACCUAUAUCCAUGCUGGCCGUCUUGAAUAUUUGCGUGUUCUUGCUGCCGUGCGAAAGUGGAGAGAAAGCUAGCUACGCAAUGACGGCAUUUCUGUCGUUCGCUGUAUUUUUGACGAUCGUGUCCUCCACUCUGCCGCAGAAUUCCAAAUCCAUUGCGAGAAUUUCAGUGUUUCUUAUAAUUCAGACAGCUGCGAGUACUUUGAUAACGUUAAUUGCCCUGGUCAUGGUGCGUCUGAAUAACUCCGGGGAUGAGGUGAAGAUUCCUCGGUGGUUUGCUUCAGUCAUGCGAGUUAUGACUCGUACGUGUCGGCGAAAACGGGGUCAAGUUGCACCAAUCGAUAGCGCUACCGAAGAGGUGAACAUUGAACAUGAUGAUACAGUUCCACAUAGAAGUGAUCAAGAAUCAAUUAAACCAGAGUUUACAUGGAAAGAAGUUGUAAACUUUCUAGAUGUGGUGUGUUUUGUGUUUUUUACAAUUUUGUUGUUUUUAUCGAUCGCUGUCUGUUAUUAUACGGCUUCAAGUGGCUUCAAGGCAGGUGCCUAAUUCCAGAUCAAUUUUGAGGUUUCCUUAAAGUAUUGUCGGAAUUGAGCAUAAAUGCAUGAAAGUUUGACAGAGCAUUGUUGGACCUAUAUUAAUCGAUGUAGAAAAAGAAUAAAAGAAAAUAGAAUUAAUUAUUAUAUAUGUUUUGCAUGAAAUGUGGACAUAAACGACAUCCGAAAAAUCGCAUUUAGAUUUUUUUAAAGAACAAAAUCAUCCAGUCAAUAUAAAAAUAUUCAAAUGUUAUCUGAAUGAAAAUCAUGCAUUUAAUGAUUCACCUGUGUAUAUAUUAUAUAUUUUUCCGUUGUAUUUGGAUGUGUAUUUUCGACCUAUCUGAACUACUUAUUUGUCUGAAUUUGCAAAAUAAUGAAUGUUCAUAUUUGCUGCCUUUUUGCUUCGUUUUCACAUCAAAUGCUUCACAACACAAAUAAACAAUGGUAUAUGCAGUUUAUUUACUUUAUAUGUAUGUUCGCCUUGUGUUUGGUGAUUUACGGUAAGUCACAAACUUCGUAUAAUAGGUCUAGUAUUUAAAGUUAUCCCUGCUGAACCUCAAUAUAAAAGCUCGCGCUGUAUGACGUCAUCUCCCACGUGACUUAAUAUUGACACUUGAAAAAGCGGACUUUUAGAGGUAUUUAUUAUGUGAUUAUAAUGACAUAUCGGCACUUAUGUGUUGUUUCUGUUGCUAUGGAGGUCAGUUGCGUUGAAUAACCAAUUAUGUUGGGGGUUUUACGAACUCGUCCACAGUGAGCACAUUGUUUAAAACGCGCGACACGACAGAACUUCAAAUCGUCAUUUUUGGGUUAUUCACUUUUGAGUGCUUUCUGUCAUCCUUAUUAUAUUUAUUAUCUGUUUAUAAACAAUAUAGAGUUAAUCUUAUGAACACACGUGUUGUGUGGUCACUUUUUCGAAUUGAUGUUUUUGAAUAGUUACUAUCACAGGGUGCAGAGUAUACAUAUUGUGUAUAUAGAAAGUGCCCCCCCCCGUAUGUGUGUUGUUUCGGAAAGUAUUCGCUACGAUUUGGCAUUUUCAAUUAAUAUUCUUACACAGUGGUAGGUGCUGAUAUUGUCAAGACGGUUGCCGUGCAGAGAUUUGGAUGGUUACCUGAAGGUCGGGAUUGACCCAAUCAUAAGAGCAACCAUGUCUUUGACCGCUACUGUUUCUGAUAAUAUCAUCUCAAUCUAGUAGUAUUUCAAUUGUAUUUAAGUACCUCCUCUUGGCAAUACUUUCUAAAGAAUUAUUCUAACAAGCUGGAUUAAUUAAAACAGUUUUUCAAACUACUCACGCUGAACCAUGCUGUUAUUCCCAUGUACAUAAUGUUACUUACAUUUUUCUGCUUUGAAUGUAUACGAUUAUCCAUACUAUAUACUCUUGAAAGUACUAACCAUUUUACAGUGAUAUAUCAACUAGUGGAACCGUGCGCGUGUGGAUUGCUCGUACAGCCGGAAAAACUAGUUGAUAUGUUAUCAUGUAUACAGUGCUCUAACCCAUGUUUACUUUUUGUAAUUCUAUGCAUGAACAUAAUAAGAAACGACUUUUGUAAAUAACUCUUCCAAUAUUGUACCUUUUUAAAACUAUAUGUUUUUAUUUCCAGAUCACAAGUACCCAAUUUCUCGAAACUUCUUAAGCAUAACAGGCUUAAGAAGCUUAUUUUAGUUAGCCAAAAUACGUACUUAAAUUGGAUUUUGAUACAUGAAAAAUGGUUUAUUAUAAUUAUCAUAAAGACAAUUCCUAUAUAAAGUAUGCAAAUAUUCAAAGAAAUAAAUAUUACACAAAUUAUUAAAAGACAAAAAAUAGUGAGCUAAGCUUAAUCCUGUUAGAAGGGACUUUCAAGUUUCGAGAAAUUGGGGCCAGCUCUUUGUUAUGUUUUGAUAUGCUAUGUAAGUUUUUAAUUGCUUAUUGAAGUAAGGUUUCUUGUUAGUAUAUA